GCUACAAUCACACUUGUCGCGGUGACGACAUCGGAGAGCGCCCGGGUGGUUGAGGCAGAGGCGGCUGCAGCAGGAGUGUGCUGCUAUUCCCGGGCCAGGGUCUGCGGACGCCAUCACAUAACACUGGGGAACAGAAACAUGCAAACCUGGGAGAGCAGGCAGAAAUGGAAGAGAUUACAUUCACAAAAGACACGGUUUUAUCCGAUGUCCAUCUUCACAUCCCUCAUAAGAGACAUCUCAUGGUCAGACUGAAUGCAGUUGGACAGCCAGUUUUCCAAACGCGGUUUAAGAUCCUUUGGGAAAACAAUGUGUUGGAAGCUGGAAAUAGCGAGCAAGAAAGGAAUAGUGACUAUGAGGAAUCAGAAGAACGGUGCUGUGGAGAUGAGUUGUAUUUCACUAGUCAAACAAAUCAAGAUAUAAAAGCAAUAGAAGUACUACUUGAUGAUGAUGGAGAUCUUGUAGUACAGCGAAGACCACAGGACUCUUCUGGCAGGGAUGAAUCACACACUUGUUCUCACAAUGUUGUAUGUCCAACUAUACUUACAAUAGGAAGCCAAGAACAAACUGAAGAGGAACAGCCUGUUUACAGCAAUUGUGAUGUGGUUAAAAUAGAGCAUACUAUGGCUACACCUCUAGAAGAUGUUGGGAAACAGAUAUGGCGGGGAGCUUUUGUUCUUGCUGAUUACAUUCUCUGGCAGAGAGAUCUCUUCAGAGGUUGUACAGUGCUGGAGCUAGGGGCAGGCACUGGUUUCACAAGUAUCAUCAUGGCAACAGUUGCUAAGACGGUCUAUUGCACAGAUGUUGGUGAAGACCUUCUAGAAAUGUGUGAGAGAAAUGUGGCCCUAAACAGAUGUCUCACAGAAACCACAGGAGGACAAGUAAAAGUGAGAGAACUAGACUGGCUUAACCAAUUUUGUAAAGCAGAAAGGUUUACAGAAGAUAAGAGAGGGAUUAAUAGGAUGCCAAACAGGAGGCAGGAUGCAGAUGCUUCUUACAGCUGGACAGAAGACGACAUAGCUGACCUUUAUGAUCAAACAACUGUCAUCCUUGCUGCAGAUGGUAUGCUGAAAAAGGCAUUCUUCAAAUCAAUUACAGAGAAGAACGCAGCAUCUGCAGGGAUUGCAGAAAUGAUAUUUUACGAUGAUGUCCUUACGAAUGCACUGUUUAAAACCAUUUCACGAAUUACGCGCAACUUAAGUAAUCCUUGCACUAUUUACUUAUCAGUUGAAAGAAGGUUUAACUUUACCCUAAGACAUAUGGACAUUACAUGUGAUGCAUACAAUCAUUUUCGGAAUUGCUUAAAUAAUUUUGAAAGCAGCAAUGGAAAACUGAAAUGGUCAGCAAUGGAAAUCAAAACAGUAUUUCCACAAUUCUUCAGCUAUGAGCGAGAGCACUUGGAGCUAUGGAAAGUUGUUGCUGCAUCCCUUACAUGAUUAUACAAUGUAUGUUCAUAAAGUAUUUGGACAAAUGUGAAUAUUUAAAAUUGGAAUGCAGAAGAACAAUCAUGCAGUGUUAAGAAGCCAAUGAAUUGAGAAGGACACAGCAAUACAUUGCCAGCAAAGGACACCAUGAUUGACGCCAAAGUAUUGGGGAUACAUUUUUAUAGAAAUGCAACAGAUAGGAAACCAAAUGAAUCACAGUGGAGCUUAUUCUGAGUUGGGAGCAAAGCGAAAAAGAGCUACUGUAAUAACAAUUUACUGUAAUUUAGCGCGACCAUGUCACAGCGCAGGUGGGCAGGCUUACAGUGUGCAGGGAGAUCUAGAUGUGAGAGGGGCGUGUCCAAACUCCAAUCUAAAUUUCAGUGUAAAAAUAAAGUUGUCCAGCAUUUGUGGGCUGCAUGGGAAAACAUGGAAAAAUAACUGUAUUUGUAAUCCUCAUUACAGGAUGGUUUGUCCACAUACAGUUACUUGCUUUGCUGUCAGCUUAGAAUCAUCACCAGUGUGCACAAUGGGAUGCGGUUUAUUUACCAGCUAUCGGGAUCCCGGCAUUCAGGAUCCUGACGCCGGAAUCCCGACAGCCGGUGAAAUGCCGGUGGUCUGAAUCUCGACCAAGGCACGGUAUUCCCACUCAGGUGGUGGUCACCGAGGGGGAUAAGAAUAGUGUGGUGAGCAAAGCUCGCAACCGGGCCCGAUGCCUGGGACGCGCUGCAAGCCCACAAGGAGACUCACUGCGUUCCCUGCCGGCAUUCCGCCUGUCGGGAUCCCGGCGACGGUCUCCUGACAGCCGGGAUCCCAACUGGCGGUAAAGCAUACCGAACUAUGCACAACAAAACAACUGAUUUCUGUGCUCCUGACUUCAGCACACCUAGAAGAUGCCAUUUGAAAAAAAAACUUUCUAAUAACUAUUUUAAAAAUAACAGGAUUAAAAGGCAAAUAAUGUUAAUAUAGCAUGUGCUUACUCUCCUGGAAAGUCCUGGAGACCCCCGAUUUUUCAGGUGGCUCUCCUGCAUCCAACCCACUUCCUAGUGAAGUGGGCAGGAUGGGAAGUGUAGUGACAGGAACAGUGGAUCUGUAGGGAGGGGUUGAGGCCAAUGUUACGCUAUUCAAUGAGAAUAGCUUCAUUUUGGCUCCGCCCCCUGUUCUUAGACCCCCCAAUUUAGAGUAGGAAGACCUGGUAAAGGCUGGGGCUUACACACAGUGUAAACAGAGCUUCUCCCGGAGAGGAGGUUCAAAAGUCAGCAAGUAUGAUUUAGCAUUUAGCCAUAACACAAUUGUAGUUUGCAGGAAGACAAUUUUCAGACCUCUUUGUAUCAGUUUAUUAUGCUGCCCAGAAUUUUGUUAUCACAGUGUGUUCUGCAGUUUUGCAUGCAGUUAUUGUAAGACAACCAGCUUUACCUACACAUGUAGCCAGCUACAUCUGUGCCGUGAUGCGUACACGUGUGUGCGCAUUGCAGCAACAGCUUCUCAUGCCCAGGUGCUAUCGCACAAUACUUUACCUAUGGGUCGCAGGUGUGACUGUUCGCACAUGAACAGGCACCCGUACCAUUAUUUGCACCCCGUAUGAGACUGGCUACAUCUGUAUUGGGGUUUUUGGGUAGUUUUGUGCCAAGAUAGCAUUUUAUUGUUUUAACUAGAUGUGACAUAAUAUUAAAUAUUUUGUUUGCAGUGAGGAGUUUAAGGUUCAUGUAUUGCUGAUAUUUUCAAUUACAGUUGACAUUAAACAGUUAAUCUAA